AUGCAACAGCUUCGCAAUUUGGCUUCUAACCCCCAUGGUCAUGCCGCACCAACUCCUGCACCCACCACGUCGACUGGCGCGGAAGCGCUGCCGGAACGUCGAAGCGCGCUCAAGCCGCAGAAGCCCGAGUCGUUCGACCCAAGUCAACGCGACGCGAACGUGCGAACGUGGCUCUUCAUGCUCAACAAUUACUUCGCCGCGAGCGGGGUGCAAGAGGCGGACGCGCAGCAGCGGAUCGAGUACGCCGUAACGCUGCUGAGGGGCCCGGCCUUGGAGUGGUGGCGCCAACUUACGCAGACUGCUGUACGGAGGGCUCAGUUAGACGGGCAUCAACAGGGCGUGGGGCAUGCAGCUGCAACUUCGAGCUUAGGGAGUUUAGCUUUGGGUGUUACCACGGUUCCGACGACAUGGGAAGGAUUUGAAGCGGCGCUGAAAAGUAGGUUCGAUUUGGUGAACGCCUCCGAAGCUGCUAGGAAGCGUCUGCGUCAUUUCCGACAGAUAGGAAACGUCCAGGAGUACACACGACGGUUCUUGAGCAUCUGCAACGAGAUAGACGACAUCACGGAAGCAGAGAUGCGCGAUCGCUACCUCGAAGGGUUGAAGCCGGACAUAGCGGAGAUUAUUGCGAUUCACGGGUUGUCCACCUUCGAGUCAGUAGUCGCAGCAGCAGAACGCGUCGACGCAGUACGAAGCCGACGGGGUCGUGACGAUCGCGAUAGGGGAUACAACAGACCGAUCAACGACGCUCGAUCGAGGGACGGACCGUCGCCCAUGGAGAUUGGUGCAGUUAACAGUGACGGCUCACAGCGCAACGGAUUUAGGGGGAACUGUCACUACUGCAAAAAGCCGGGACACAUGAAGCGGGACUGCCCACAGUCUACCAACGUAGAGGAGACGGCCUCGCAGCAGUCAUCUACGGAGAACGAGGUAGACACUGUUGAUCGUCCAGUCGUGCUUCUAGGGAAGCUUCGCGGAGUUCCUGUUAAGAUUCUCGUCGAUAGCGGAGCUAGCCACUCGUUCGUUUCGUCUUCAUUAGUUAGCCGUCUCCAUCUUGAAGCAGAUUCCUCAGUCAACUUCAAGGACGCACGUAUGAUAGAUGGGACGCCUCUCCACAUAGGACCAGUCAUUCGCAAGUUGCGCGUAGUGCUAGGACCGAUCACAGUUAGGCGUGACUUCGACUCUGCGACGCUGGACGGUUACGAUUUCAUCUUCGGGAGAGAUUGGCUACGGACGGUUAGUACUCAGUUCGAUUGGGCUCAGGGAAGCUGCAGCGUCAAGGUAGACGGGGAGUUCCGGGAGCUGCCACAGUGGAGCGAUGGGGCCACAUCAUCCACAGCGAUCAUCAAUGCUGUUCGUGUGCGACAGCUGGUGAAGCGAGCGGCACGGAUCUUCGCGGUUUUCCUUGAGGAGGUGGAAGCUGAGGAGGGGAAAGGAGGGAGCGCAGCAGUUAGUGAGAAGACGACUCUUCCUGCUGAGGUGAGUGCACUGUUAGCGGAGUUCGCAGACGUCUUCCCCGACGAGUUGCCCCCAGGGUUACCUCCUAGCCGAGCAGUCGACCAUCGAAUAGAGUUGGAGCCGGGGAGCAGGCCAGUAGCAAAGCCGCAGUGGAGGUUGAGUCCAGCAGAGACAGAGGAGAUGACGCAGCAGGUUAGGCACUUUCUCGCACAGGGGUUCAUACAGCCAUCUAGAUCGCCUUGGGCCGCACCGAUCCUUUUCGCGCCUAAGAAAGACGGAGGGUUACGGAUGUGCAUAGAUUACCGCGCACUGAACGCCGCCACCGUCAAGAACAGAUUCCCGGUGCCGAGAGUAGAGGAUCUUCUAGAUGCAGUGCAGGGCGCUAGAGUCUUUUCUAAGAUCGACCUUCGUUCGGGUUACCACCAGAUUCGUGUAGUUCCAGAGGACCAGCACAAGACGGCGUUUCGUACGAAGCAGGGGUUGUACGAGUUUAGGGUUCUACCGUUCGGUUUGACCAACGCCCCAGCGACGUUCCAGACGCUCAUGAACACAGUCCUCUCCGAGUUCCUAGGUUCGUUCGUUGUCGUUUACCUAGACGACAUCUUGAUCUUCUCCAAGUCGAAAGAGGAGCACGUGCAGCACUUGCAGAGGGUCUUUGAGGUCUUGCGGAGGGAGAAGCUGUACGCGAAGCAGUCGAAGUGCGAGUUCUUUCUCCCCGAGGUCGAGUUCCUAGGACACGUCGUAUCCGCUAGUGGCGUUAGGACCGACCCGAAGAAGAUCGCAGCCGUACAGGAUUGGGUGGCACCGACCUCAGUCAAGGAGUUGCAGAGCUUCCUCGGUUUAGCGAAUUAUUACCGUCGUUUCGUUCAGGGUUACGCUUCCAUCGCUAGUCCACUCACCGACCUACUUCGGAAAGGCGUAGAGUACGUUUGGGGUCCAGCGCAGCAGCAGGCGUUCGAGCAGAUGAAGCAGUCGCUCACGUCUUCACCGACACUGUCGUACCCUGAUCCCACUCGCCCGUACGUUGUAGUGACCGACGCUUCAGAUCAGGCCAUAGGAGCAGUACUUCUUCAGGACCAGGGACGCGGGUUGCAGCCGAUCGCGUACGAGUCGCGUAAGCUGAGGGGAGCGGAGUUGAACUAUCCCAUACACGACAAAGAGGUGCUCGCAAUCAUCCAUGCGUAUAAGGUAUGGAGGUGCUACCUAGAGGGGGCAGAUAGUGUUAUACGCACGGACCAUUGCUCGCUUCGCUUUCUCAAGUCGCAACCGCAGCUGAGUCGUCGCCAGGCUAGAUGGAUGGAGUUCAUGGAGGGGAGCUUUCAUUACAGGAUAGAGUACAAGCCAGGCGUGCGCAACCCAGCAGAUCCGCUCACUCGCCCUAGUUGUCAGCUCGCUAGCCUCACAGUCACUGCAGGCCAUCCACUUCUCACAGCACACUUCGAGCACGGUUACACGGUAGAUCCGACUUCACACCGCAGCCGCCCGCAGGAGCAGAGGUGCAGGGUAGUGUUUACAUACGGAAGGGCACCACACGGAUUUGGGUUCCAGCCUACCGCCCUCUUCGACAGCUCCUUCUCUCAGAGGCGCACGACGUAG